GACACACAGCAUCUCCUGACCUUACUUUAUCAUAUUUUUUUUUAUACAAACCUACCAUGAGUGAAAUACUUUUGCUUUUUAUCCACGGAUCUUCGGAAAAACCAUGUAAAAGUGCACUCUUCCUUUGUUCGGAUAUCUUUUUAAAUAUUAACAAGUUGUCAUGUCAUCCCUGAAUGGAAGAGGAGAGAGAUUUCCUGGAGCACACUGGAGCUCAGAAGUGGAGCAUCACGUUGAGCCCGACUGCUUUCCUGUAAAUAUUAAACCCAAGGAGCGUCCUCCUCCAGAGGGGGCUGGGGAGUCCAGAGCAGACCGGAAUAUGUGCCAGAGAUCAGACGCUGUCCCGUCUUACAAGUCCCUGCCUGGAAGCUUUGGAGACCGCAUCAGGAGUACCAUGUCCUCUGCGAGUGGGACUCUAUGCAGAGGCACUAUGUCCGCGUAUCCCGGCUUUGGGAGGUCCGAUAGGAAAGUUGCCUGCUGUGAGAAGUGCUCGGCCACCCUCGUUGCUCUGAAGAAGCAAGCGCUAAGCCUGGCUGUGCACCAUCACUUCUCCUGCAAGGACUCCAGUGACCUGUCGGCAUUUCUUCACGAAAAUCUUCACGUCCAGAGUCGUUCUUCAAAUGAGUCCAGGGGUAGAGAGAGGGAGCAGGGUGAGUGUGGGUCCUGCGGUGUGAACCUGAACCAGCUCAAACAAGAGGCGGUCCACUUGGCUCUGAACCGGGGCAAUUCAUUGGCUAAGCCUCCCUUUGAACCCAGCUUUAGCACAGGCACACUGCUGGGACUAAGUGAUACAACAAAGCAUGGAGACAGAGCUCCGAGGGACUCUGUGCAUCAACCACACAGCCGCACACACAGCCCCCACAGCCCAAGGAGCCCGAGGACGCCUCAGAGGACCCCUCAAACGCUCAGACGGAGGGGGCCCAAGCUGCCCAACCACGAAAUGGGCCGCUGGGUGGAGGAGCAGCAGCAGCUGGUUGCCUCUAAAUCUGCGUCCAGCGCUGAUGGUGUCACCAUGUACUCUCAUCAUAAGGCUGCAGAUGAUGCUACACUGGGCUGUGGCGGCGGGACUAUACAGACAAACUCAAAGAUAUCCAGAGUGGUGACCAUCGCCAACACUGCUGCUAUGUCCCUUUUAGCCAGGGCUGCUGAGAAGCUCAAUCUGACAACGAGGAAAAAAGGCCAGGCUUCUGAUCAAGCUCCUGCUCAUUUUUCCACCUGCUUCAGGGAGAUAAUCCAGAAAAACCCUCCGCCCGUCCCCUCCUGCCUGCUCCAAGCUGCCACUAGAACCAAAGACUCACCCAGUGUUGGCAAGGUCAAAGUCAUGCUGAGGGUGAGCCCAACGCUGUCAGAGAGCCAAGGCCGACCACCUGUUCUCUGGAUUGACCCGUCCAAAAAAAGAGUCACCAUAAUGGAACCAGUGAGCAAAAGCCAGCUACACGCUUCGAUGACACUAGGCAGGGAUUGCAACAAUCUUCUGAAAACCUUCAACUUUGAGGCUGCAUAUCCUCAAGAGUCAAGCCAGGCCGAGGUCUGUGCGGGCGCCUUGGCUGAUGUCAUCCGCUGUGUGCUCAGCGGCAGCGAUGGAUGUGUUCUGGGUUUGGGAUGUGCUGAUGUGGGCUCCUGGUCCAGCAUGGUGGGGAAUGGUGAGAGCAUCCAGAAGCUUGGGGUUGUUCCCUGUGCCAUCUCCUGGCUCUACACUGCCAUCGAGCGGCGUAGGGAGAAGACCUGGACCGACCUGACGGUAUCAGUGUCUGCUAUUGAGCUCUGCUGUGGAGAGGAGGACACACUGAGGGAUCUGCUAGGGGAGGUUGUUCCCUCACAAGGCAGUGUCCAGAACAGCCCAAAAGCCCAUGUGAAACUCCAAGAGGACCCUGUCUAUGGAAUCCAGCUACGUAACCACAACCGGGUGAAGGCCCCCACUGCAGAGCGGGCUGCUUCCCUGCUGGAUGCUGCCAUUGCAGCACGUCGCCACAAUGACUUCAUAACGUACCUGUCCCACAGCUCCAUAAUGUUCUUCACUCUCCACGUCCAGCCCCCACGUACAGAAAGCAGUACCAUUGGCAAAGGUUCUCGUGGCCCCACUAAGUUGACCAUGAUAGAUGUGUGUAGUGGCAUAAGGGGCAUGAGCAAGAAUAAACCUCCCUAUUCUGAACUUGGCCCUAUUGUCUUGUCUCUACUGAGUGGACAUAAAACCAAUCCCAGCAAGGCCAGUAAGUUGACUAUGCUCCUUCAAGAGGCAUUGGGUCGUGUAAAUUGCCACACCACAGUGAUCGCUCAGGUGGAUGAUUCACUGUCACACCUUCAAGAGACCCUGUCCACAAUCCAGCUGGCUUCUCGCAUCCGCAAGAUGCAAAAGAGAACGAAGCAGUCCACUUCUUGUUCACCUAGCGGGAGGAGUUUGACUAAAGAAAAGAGAGGCACCACGUCUUUGUCCUUGCGGGCAUUCCAUUCCACCGAAGAGGUAGAUGUCGAUUCCCCUCAUUUCCGUUUGCGAGGUGAACUGGAUGAGCUCUCCAGUAGUGACCAGUCCUGUGACACAGUCAUCCAAAUAGACUCAGAAGGCCUGGUCCAUUCCAAAGCACCCUUAAGAUUGGCACAACCUGAGUUUGUGCCUAUCAUACCCUCUUUGCAUCCUAACAAGGCUGACAUGGAUGACCCAGAGUUCACUGCUCUGCUCCAGGAGCUUCUGAGAAUUCCUCAGCUGCAAGGAGAGAAGAAGAACGAGGAAAGUGUUCAAGGGAAUAUUGAUUUGAAGAAGCCAGUAGGGGACUGUUUCAAAUGUGACACAUUUGCUGAACUUCAAGAGCGCCUGGGCUGUAUUGAUGGACGUGAGGCAGCAAUGGAUUUGCUAAAGACUUCAUCGAAAGGCCCCUCUGCCAACAAUGUCACAGCUAAAUCACAACCCCAGAAAGAAACAGGGAAACAGACAGACACCAAAUCAUCAGUGGCAGCACAGACAUUGAUGAAUCAGGGGUUUGCCUGCUGUCAGACCUCUGCUGGAGAAAAGCAAACAGAUGGUGCUUUCCCAGGAGACAGUUUCCAAAGAGAGGAUUCAGGCCUGUAUGACUGUGAAGAGUGCAGUGGAACCAGUUCCAGCGAGGAACUGCUGAAUCAAACUCUCAGUCUUAACAUGACCUGUCGAUCUGAGCUGCCUAAAAUUGGAAAGUCAAAUGAUAAGUGCUCUUGUCAGAACUUAAAUAAGGAUGCUCAGGGAAUGGUGGGCAGUUCCAUUGCAAGUAUAGAGGAGAGCCCUAAAGCUUCUGAUUAUUUCAAGUCAGGCAAAAGGACAUCACCAAUUGGCAAAAGCUCUCCCAUAUCUCCUUCCUCGUCCUGCUCUUCUUCACACUCCUUGGCAACAAGUGUUAAAAUUGGCGAUGCCUUACCUAAACGCCCUGCAGAAGACGUUAAGGAAAUGAAGGCCACCAUCACAGUAACUGUUCAACAGCCACUGGACCUAAAAGGUCAAGAUGAACUUGUCUUCUCUAUGGUGGAGGAGGUGACCAUCAGUGGAACAUUGGACAGAGGGAGAACAGGUGGAAACAUUAUUUGUUUCAGAGAAACUGCCCAAUCACAUGAGCAAAGCUCUCAACCAAUCAGGAUAAUCAGCAAUAUCAGUGAAGAAACUUUACCUACAGGUUGCUCUAAUACAAACAAAAGCUUUGGAGCUCAAUCUGUACCUGCAGAGACUAGCACUGAGAUGCCCCAGUAUCAAUUCAUAAAGGAUAAGAGGGUCUUACCUUCCUUUAUAAAUCCCAUGCUGAUUGAUAAAGACAUAGAUUGUGAAUUGCACGGUGCAAGACAAAAAGAAAGUCCACAAUUUACAGGAGACAAGCAACAUUCGGACCUCAGAGGACAAAAUGACAAAAGUCGAGAAGAUGUGAAGGCUCUUGAAAAGAGCAGUGGGGCUUUUGCUUCUGAUACACAUGCCAAAAAGUCCGACAAAGUAUGUGACUUACAUUUUAUCGAAAGUCCUUUUGACCUAAUGUGCUUGGAAGAUUCAGCUUUCUGCGAUGAAAUGGCAGAAAACAAAAUGUGUGAAAAGAGGCCAAAGCAUUCAGACAAAAAACACCCCAGAGACAGGGAGCAUGUUUACUCCACCAGAGGCAGGGAGCAUGUUUACUCCACUAACACUGCAAAGGGCUCAGAGGGAGGAGAAAAUGGUUCCAGUCGUGUUGGGAAUGCCCAAAAGAGGAUUGGUAUUUCACCUGGUUGCCAGGAGACCAACUCUGCCACCUUUAAAACAGGUAGUUUGCCUAGAGGCUGGCAAAAUGCCCACCAGGACAGUUACUAUGGUUUUCACAUGGCAGACAACCACAGAAACCCAAGGGGGGUGACAUCAUCCACCCCUUGUAGCCCAGGAGUAACUCUGGAGAGGAGGCAGGGCAGACAGCACUCCCCAGCAAACCACAGCACUUAUUUCUGCUCUCCUCGGAAAUAUGGAGCAGAGCACAAACAACAUGCAAGUAGAUUUCCCACAAAGAGUGUUGAAUCUUUAUUUGAGACCUCAAAUCUUAAAAUGAAACAUGAUAACAUGGGUGGGAGGCCAAAGUCCCCCACUGAAGACAGUAGCAGGUUGUUUAGUGCCAAACUGGAGCAGCUGGCCACAAGGACUAAUUCCCUUGAAAGAAUCCCAAGAGACUUCCCAACUCUGGAAAGAGCUAGUCGUAACAGCUCCAUAAGCUCUAAGGGGAGCUCCAAGGGAAGUGUUGAAGGGACUCGAAUGGGAGGUUAUAAAGGAAAUAAUGAGGGAGAUUGUACUCUACCAAGGGCUAGCAGGAGCCCCAGGAAGAAUCCUCGGACAGACCAGGGUCAUCAUUUCUUUCAUUCUGAAAAGCCUGUAUCUCAAUCUGCAAGGCAUACCCAUUCCAAACUCUCUGCUGUGGGGAAACUGAAGAUGUCCAGCCCAAAAGUCCGUCGACUGUCCGCCCCUAGCACCAAAAACCUCAGUCUCCCGCAUAAAGGCCUGCAGGCGUCCAUCAACCGCAGCGCAAGUCUUUCUCCAGAGAGUAAAACUGUUAGUUUUGAGCGGUCUUCCUCCUUUUUCUCCUCUUCCCCUCCAAUGUCUUUUCACUCACUCAGUCGCACUCCAAGCCAGAGCUCCACAUGCUCAUCGACAAAAUCGGCAAUCCAGGGAUACGUCAAUGGCCGGAUCUCAGACUUCCUCAAAGGAAGGGCUCCAAGCCCCACUUUAGGGGGACUGGACCACAUGACCGCACUUCCUUCGCCAUACAGCCAGGUGACUGCUCCCCGCACGCCAGAUCACCUGAGUGGGCACGCGAGCGACACCACCAGUGUGUUGAGUGGAGAUUUACCACCAGCUAUGGGGAAGACAUCCCUGAACUUCUCUAACAGGAACAGUAUGGUGAGCAGUGGAUAUGGCAGCAUGCUGAGGGACAGUGAAGUCACAGGCAACACCAUGUCAAACAAAGAUUCCGCCAGCGACCGGAGCAGCUCACUCCUCAGUGUGGCUCGAAGCAGCCGAGCAUCUCGGAGGAGAGGCAACACAGGUACUCAUCAGCGUCACGUUUCCCAUGAUGCACCUCUGCCCCUGAGACGCUCGGCUAGCAGUCUGCAUUCUGGCUUGGUGGCUCGGGGAAUCCCAGAAGCCUACGAGAUCAAGGUCUAUGAGAUCGACAAUGUGCAGAGGAUGCAGAACAGAGCAGGUGCUGACAAACAGGGGAAUGCAUGCUUCAGUGCCAAGCUGAAGUUUUUGGAGCACCGUCAGCAGAGGAUCUCCGAGGUGCGAGCCAAAUACAACACCCUGAGGAGAGAGCUGGAGGGGGCCAAACACAACCUCAUGCUGGAGCCUGCAAAGUGGAACCAAGAAUUGGACCUGUGGCAGACCUUCGAGGUGGACUCCCUGGAGCACCUGGAGGCCCUCAAGGUGGUGACAGCCCGCCUAGAGGACAGACUCAACCUCUGCAAGGCCAACGUCAUGAUGGUCACAUGCUUUGAUGCCGGCACCAGGAGACGACAUAAGAAGCGACGACGAAAAGCGCCAGAGCAGAGAGCCUUAAAGGGAAUCAAAUCAGAAACUCAGUGAGGAUAGAAGGGGGAAACACCCAUCUCUUUACCUCAAGACUCUUAUGUUCUAUACAACUGACUUCCUAUCGCUGAAAUGUGUUACAUUCAAAAUCUGCCAGAAACUUUAACUUAACGCACACCUCUGGUCCCUUAAUAAUAUCUGAGCUGCCUUCACGGGUGGUCAAAGGUCAGAGCCAGUGCAAAUGCAUUUUGUAACUACUCUUUCUGACUCCUUUUAGGAAAUCUACAAAAUGUUAGAUCCUUAAAUUUGAUUCUUCUUCUGAUACCCGUCAUCAAUCACACUAUUGUCUUUGAAAUAUUUUUUUGCAUUGUGCGGUAUAUUUGUGCAGGAAUAUACCCACAAAAUGACCCAUUGUAUAUCAAUAUCUUAACUCUUUUUACCUUGAAUUCAGGAAAAAAAAAACGGUUUUGCACAUACUUUCAAGGGUAAAACUCUGAUUAACUAAAGAAAAUGGUGGCGUUUUCCAACAGAAAAGCUAUAUCAGAACAUCCAUUUACAAACCAUCACACAAAUCAUGCAGUGUUAUCAAAUCCAAUUCUUCCAGUAGUAUCCUCACUACUUCCAAAUCACAUGCAUUUACUCUAAAACUUUACUAUUUGAUACACUCCUGCAUAAACAGUUUACAAUACUUGUGCGUGCAAGUAUAAAGUGUAUUAAAAAAGUACGGAAAAAGGGUAAAUGAUGCUCAGAUCGUCCUUUUUGUUGAUUCAAUAUUCCUUUAAAGCAAACAGUUCUACUCAACAGCAUUAAUGCUAAAUGCAUGUUGGUGUAGCUAAAGGGCAAUCAUUGUGACGUUUACUUUCCUGGCAAAGAAUCUACUGAGUAUUCAGAUCAUAAAACAUUAAAGGUGUAGAGCCUCAGCAUCAUUGAGUCCUUAAAGCUUGACAAAAAACUUGAUAUCGGAUAUACCCAUUACAUAUACUUGUGCAGGGUUUUCCAAUUAGCAUUUGUGUAGCUUGUUUGGCAAUUUGUUAAUAGCCUAAUUUCACUCCUUUGAAGCAAUUGUUAUUAGAUUUGCUUCGUAUGUGAGUUUUUUUUAACAUGCAUCAGUUAAAUAUUUGUGUAAACUGAGAAAACAUGUCACUACAUUAACUUUACCGUAAUAUAAUUCCUUGUAGUUUCUUAAAUGUUGAAAUUACUCACCAUCUUGUGAUCAAAAUGUGGUUGUAACUUGAAGCAGUCUCAGACUAAUGGACCUAUUAUUCUGCCUUAAGAGUGCUCUUUCAUAUGUGUUCGUUUAAGAGGAAGUUUGGCCAUUGUGUAUAUAGAUUUUGCUGCUGAAUACAAUUUGUUAAUGUAUGUUUGUAUUCAUUUAAGGUUGGUUCUUAAGCAGGAAGCAAUGCAGUUUUUCUGCAAGCUGUGGAAAAAGUGACCGAGUCUGUAAUUAUGAAAAAAGCUUUUGCCAAUAGUAACACCAUUGUGAAUUUUUCAGUGUCUUUGAGGGUUGAGUGGCUUUUGAUCAAUAAACUAGCUGGUAGAACACAUUAGGAAAUGAUUGGAGGCUGAAUAAAAUAUGUGGAUUCUGCUACCGGACUAAUGGAGGGGUAAUCACAUUAAAGGAAUAACGUCAUCGUGUCUGAAGAGCGCUGUGAAGUCAUUGGGCCAACAGGAGAGGACGAACUGAUGCAAAGUAAUCAACGGACAAUGGGCUCCCAUCCAAGAUCGAUGACUUUUACCGUACAGGGAAGACACACACACGCUGUUUUGUGAAACCUACUAUCCAGCAUGUUUUACGUCACUUUGAAUAGAUGACAGCUCUCUGUGUUUGUAGACAACCUGCAUUUUUUUUUUUUUAUUAAACUGUUUCCAGUUCCUGCUUGUGCUUCCUCUUUUUCGUUGUUGUGAUAAUUCAUUUAUUGGUCAGUGAGUGUUAGAUCACAUACAGGGUUGGAAAUUGCACUUAUUCGUGGGAUCAAUAUGGGGGACUUAAAUCUGGUAUCUCUGUGCCUGGGGCACAUUGUUUCAUUCUUCUUCUUUAAUAUGUCUUCACAGAUUAAA